AUGGCUACAAAGUAUGAAUUACCCGAAGAAGCUGAUGACAAACUACUUAGCAAUUUGGGAAAGGAAGUUGAAAUGAAGACCUUUAAAACAAACGUUCUCCCGAAGUUAGUGUGUGACAAAGAUCAAGUGCUGAUCAUCAAAAUUCUUUGCCUUGGAGACUAUACCGGGGGAGUGGAAAAAGGGGUGUUUAUCAAAGAUUAUCUGCAAGUCACACCACCGGUACCUACCGAUCAGAAACCACUAAUCGGUUUCGACUUUCCCUUGAAAACAAUAAAAUGGGAAAAAGGUGGCGAUCACAAUCCAUGGCCAAUUACCAUCAAAUUACUUUUAUUUGAGGUGGCAGAACAAGAGCGCUACUGUACACACAUGAGAAAUUUGUAUUAUAGGGACAGUCAUGGGGCCUUUUAA